AUGGAUAAUUCGUUUACGAUGGAGGGUCCUUUAAGUAAAUGGACGAAUCUCGUUAACGGAUGGCAAUAUCGUUGGUUUGUCUUAGAUAUCAGUCUGGGUGUCCUGUCUUACUAUACGUCGAAAGAAAAAAUGAUGCGGGGUGACAGGCGGGGAUGUGUUAAGUUAAAAAAUGCUCAGGUUGGGAUUGAUGAUGAGGACGACAGUACGUUCACCAUUACUGUUGAUCACAAAACAUUUCAUUUCCAAGCUCGUGACUCAGAUGAACGCCAGAAAUGGUUAGAUGCUUUACAAGAGGCUAGAGAUUUACAUACACAGAAUUAUGCUCUUCUUAAUCAGACUAAUCGUUUACUGGAACAUCCUUGUUGUCUUUCGGAAUUCGAUCGUCGUAUAGUAGAAGCAGAUGCGUAUUUGCAAAUCUUGAUAGAUCAGCAUGAGCAAUUAGUCAGCCAUCUUCCAUCGUCAGACGAAUGUAGACCUGAGAUUGUGGGGGCUGUCACUUUACGGAUGCAAAGACUCAUUGAGUUGGUGAAGAAAACGAUCGUCUGUCUCCAGUUCGCUAGAGGUACCGUUACUGCCUCUUAUCGGAUACCGAUUAAUUCAAGUGAUGCCUUUAUCUCAGAUGGUGUUGACGUCCAACGUUCUAUACAUUUCGACCAGUUUGCUGCAUCGAAUUGCGGUAGUUCUCUGAGAAAGAAAGAUUACGAUUUGAAAGCACCCACUACACAUCAAACAUUUGCAUACAGCCGAAGCGGUGAAGGAGAUGGAGAAAAUACUUUCCUUACUUGUCAGGAAUCUUUAUAUGGCGCUUCUCCUGUAAUGCCAAAACCUCCUUCGAGAAAACACUCUGCACGUAAUUCUCGACGUUUAGAAAAGGGUAAAAUACACAAACGCCCAUCUUCUACUACUGAAUCGUCCAUUGAAUGUACCUCUAUAAGCUCCAACGUUGAAAAUCAAACAGCUAUUUCUUCCUCGCUUCCCACUGGUGGUAUCAUUAUAAAAGGAAAUUUCGAUAUUUUAGAUUCCCCGUCUUUGAAUUAUCAACCGUUGUCUAUAUCGAGAAUGCCAGUUAGAUCAUAUUCUUCUUCGGAUGAUGAUCGUGCUCCGUUGGAUCAAGAAGAAGACGACGAAGAAUUCUUCGAUACUCAAGAAGACAUUUCUGCGACCUGUACUUUGUCCAAUUCUCCUCAUCCAAUGAAAGAUAGUACAAAUAUGAAUACAAAUAUUCAUUCCAAUCCAAUUGCUCCUGUGACAAAAACAGGUCGUUAUCGUGUCAGUCAGUCAUCUGCUAAUAAUCAGUCAGAUUUAUCUUCAGAUGAUGUCUUUGAUGAACUAUAUGAUGAUGAAAAUGAAGAGGAAUUGGGCUCUGUACAGUCCCAUGGAUCUGUGAUUACACAUCUACUUUCUCAACUUCGGAUUGGAAUGGACCUGACUAGGAUCACCCUACCGACAUUUAUUCUCGAACGUCGUUCUACACUAGAAAUGUAUGCAGAUUUUUUAGCACAUGCUGACUUAUGGGCUGUCAUUCCUGAUGCUCCAACACCGCGUGAUCGUAUGGUUGCCUGUCUACGUUGGUAUUUAUCGGCAUUUCAUGCAGGCAGACGAUCAUCAGUUGCUAAAAAACCGUAUAAUCCUACUUUGGGUGAAAUAUUUCGUUGUUAUUGGCCUGUGUCUAUUGAAAGUGGAAAAGAAUCAACCACGUCCUCAGGGAAUCAAAGGACUGAUUUAUGUCAUUCUGGUCCCGUUCCAUGGGCACCAGUGGAUUCUGUUGUUUUCUUAGCCGAACAAGUAUCACAUCAUCCGCCUAUAUCAGCUUUCUACGCUGAGCAUGUCAACAAGCGCAUAGCAGUAGAUGGACAUUUGUGGACAAAGUCAAAAUUUCUUGGCUUAAGUAUAGCUGUAGAAAUGGUUGGUUCAGCUGUUAUAUCAUUGUUAAGUCAUGAUGAAGAAUAUGUGGUUACAUUCCCAUGUGGAUACGGCAGAAAUAUUCUCACUGUCCCAUGGAUCGAAUUGGGCGGGAAAACUAGUAUUAUAUGCUCAAAAACCGGUUAUGUGGCCAACAUUGAAUUUCGAACAAAACCAUUUUAUGGCGGGAAGAAAGAUUCUCUACGUGCUGAAGUUUUUGGACCCAAUGACAAAAAACCGUUUCUCACAGUUGAAGGUGAAUGGAAUGAUAAAAUGUGGGCCAAAUGGUCUCAUGGGAGAAAUGAAUUAUUCAUUGAUACGCGUAGUCUACCAACAGUCAAGAAGCAUGUUCUACCGAGAUCUCGUCAGGCAGAAAAUGAAUCACGGCGUUUAUGGGAAGAAGUGACGUAUAAUCUGAAAGUGGGGAAUAUUGAUGCUGCUACCGAUGCGAAACACCGCUUAGAACAACGACAACGUGAUUUAGCUCGAAUGAGAAGAGACAGUAAAAACACAUGGACUCCAGAGCAUUUUCGUGGAGAAGGAGAGAACUGGAUUUACAGACACCCUUUGAUACAACGCCUAAAUCAAUCACCAAAUAAGAGUAAUGUUACAGAGUCACAGAAUGUUAUCUCCAACUUAUUAAGCAGAUCUGAUAAAAGUGUUAAUAUGUUACCGUGCGACAAACCGUCAACUGAUUUCCCUCAAUUGAGUCGUGCUACUACAUCUAAGAUAUUAGAGUCUACAGCUGAACAAUCUCUUAAAUAA